AUGUCCCAACUGGUUCCUGCAGCAGUUUCUCAUGUAGAGUUUUGGCAACGAUACUAUUAUAGAGUACAUCUUUUAAAGCAAACAGAAGCUAAAAGAGCUGAACUAAUGAAAAGAGCUGAAAUUGAAAUUCCUAAAGAAGAAACUAUUUGGGAUGAUGAUGAUGAAUUUUCAGAAAUUGCUACAAAUUCUUCCAGUAUGAUUCAUGUAAACAGUGAAAAGUUCAAACAUCCAAAUAAAGGUGAAAGUUCCAAACUACUUGAUAAUUCAUCAUUUAUUAUUGACAGUGAAACAGCAAUUAAAAAAUCAAAUAAUUCACCAAGUGAACUAUAUAAUGAAACUUCUUCUGUUCAGGAUAGAGAGUCUUUAAAAAUUGAAACGGAACAUGAUUUGAAAAUUAGUGAAAAAUCUGCUUUAUCAAAGGAAUUGUUUCAAUCUCAGGGAGAAGAUAAUUCACAAAAAAUAUUAUCAGACAGUAUUUGUUUGGUACAGUCUUUGGGUGAAUUACAAAAUGUUUCUACUUCAUCAACAGUAGCUACUGAAUCAGAUAAAACAGAAUUGUCUUUAAGAGAGAUAAUAAGUAGAGAAAAAGGAGAUAUGGUAGUAAUUGGAGACAAGAAUACUAUCUCUCCAGCUUCCAGUGAUACUGCUUUAAAGGGAAGUGCUGAAGAUUCAGAUUUGGAUAAGGAUUGUGAUUGGGAGAAAGAUUUUGAUUUAGAUAUAACAGAUGAAGAUUUAAAAAAAUUGGAAAAUAACAAUAAAAAUACAAGGCCAAAAGAGAUUGAAGAAGACUGGGAAAAUUGGGAAUAAUGUGCAUAUACCAAAGAUUUUACAAUUUGCUUUAACAGAAAAUAUUAUUUCUUGCCUCAUCUGGUGAAAACUUUAUCUCGGAUCUGUCGGUCUCUUGGUAUCAAGAUUUGUGAAUAAGACAAGAUAUUGUACAUAAAAAUUUCCAUAAUUAUUUGAAUUUUGGAUUGAUUUCAUUGAUGAUAAAAAGAAAACAUUCAUAUAAUAAAUGAUAUAUUUAUUUGCUAAUAAAUUAAAAAAAAAUAUUUUCUAAGAAAUAAUUUAUGAAAUUUAUAUUUAUGUGCAUGGCAAUUAUAUAUGCAGUAUAUGGUAAAUACUUCUUUAUCUGUAAAAAUAUAGCAGUGUUAUUGUAGAAAUAUUACUUAUAUAUAUAUUUUUUUUUCUUUCCAUAUUAAUCAUAA